AUGAACGCCCUGACGGCCGCGUCCUGCCUGCUGGUGGCCGCCGCCGGCUGGCUGCUGUACGGCAGCGACGUGUGGUCAUCGCUGCCCCGUGUGUCCGUUGCAGAAGAGCCCUCCAUGCCGGAGCCGGGGGCCUCGCCGCGGCGCAGCCCGCAGGGAGUCCUCUACGCCCAGCUGCAGCACAUCCUCAACGCCGACGGCCUGCACCUGUUCUGCCGCUACUGGGAGCCCGCAGGUCCGCCCAGAGCCCUGGUGUUUAUUGUUCAUGGAGCUGGGGAGCACAGCGGGCCUUAUGAGGAGAUUGCACAGAGACUGAGGGAUCUGUCCCUGCUGGUAUUUGCACAUGACCACGUUGGUCAUGGUCAGAGUGAGGGAGACAGGAUGAACAUCAAAGACUUUCAGGUUUACAUCAGGGACUCCCUCCAGCACAUCGACCUGAUGACGGCUCGCCACCCCGACCUGCCCGUCUUCAUUGUAGGCCACUCCAUGGGUGGGGCUAUCUCAAUCCUGACCGCCUGUGAAAGACCCAGUGAUUUUGCUGGAGUGGUUCUUAUAGCUCCAAUGGUCCAGAUGAAUCCAGAAUCAGCCACACCAUUUAAGAUUUUCGUAGCAAAGCUCCUGAACCACAUGCUCCCAAGCCUUACUCUGGGCUCUAUUGAAUCCAAGUGGGUCUCACGAGACAAGAAACAGGUGGAGGCAUACGAUGCUGAUGAGCUGAACUACCACGGUCGAUUGCGGGUCUCGUUCGGCAUGCAGCUGAUGACAGCAGCGACUCGCAUUGAGAGGGAGAUCCCAUCCAUCAGCUGGCCCUUCCUCCUCCUUCACGGCGACGAUGAUAAGCUCUGCGACAUCAGAGGCUCCAAAAUGAUGUACGAGAACGCGGCAAGUUCAGACAAGAAUAUGAAGGUAUAUGAAGGAGGCUACCACGCUCUUCACCACGACCUUCCUGAGGUGGCUGAGUCCGUGCUGAAGGAUGUGACUGGCUGGAUCACAGAGCGAAUUCCCGCCUCGACGGAAAACAUCAUAGAUUAG